AUGGCGGUUAUCCGUGGGACCGGUCACGUGGCCGCAAAAACAGGUGCGGUGGCUGCCAAGGGAGUUUUUAUUUCAGGAUAUAUAGUCUAUAAAGCUGGCACGGGAAUGCUCAAGGUGAUAGGCCGACUGGCCCUUCAUGCUUGGAAAUAUUUCGGAAAGGGAUUGGCAGCAACAGGAAGAGGGCUCCAAAAGGCGGGCAAGGGCAUGGAGGCUCAAUCGGCGACACGGCUCGCCAAGAAAGUCCCGCAUCCGCAUCCGAACGCCCCUGUGCCCCCACAUCCGUAUGUGCGUGCGCCCCCAUAUCCGUAUGCGUAUGCGCCCCCACCUCAGUAUGCGCAUGCGCCCCCACCUCCGUAUGCGCAUGCGCCCCCACAUCAGUUUGCGCCCACUCCCCCACAUCAGUUCACACCCACUCCCCCACAUCAGUUCGCGCCCACUUCCCCACAUCAAGUCCCGCCGCCGCCGUAUCAGCCUCCGAAGUGA